UUACAAAUUGGAAAGAAGAAAACCACAUCCUUUGUACCCUCAAUAUAUAGAGCCGGUAAAGAACUAACAGAUUUUCAUGUUGACUGAUUUGAUGUGGGGAUACCAGCCACAAUGAGGAACUCCUCUACAUUUCCGGCAUCCUCUGUCUCCAUUGCCAUUUUUCUCUUGCUAAUUCCUGGAGAUUUGUGUGUACAAAUUAUUGGAGGAAAUCAAGUGACUCCUCAUUCAAGACCCUACAUGGUGCUACUUAAAGGAGAAAAAAACAUCUGUGGUGGGGCUCUGAUUACAGAAAACUGGGUAUUGACUGCAGCUCACUGUACCCUGAACAAAAUGUCCCAGGUCAUUCUUGGAGCUCACUCAAUAAAGAAGAAGGAACCAGAGAAGCAGAUAAUGUUUGUCAAGAAACAGUUUCCCUAUCCGUGUUUUGACCAGGAAACACAUGAAGGUGAUCUUAAGCUUGUACAGCUGACCAAAAAGGCAAAGAUUGAUAAAAGCGUGAGAAUCCUCCCUCUUCCUGUAAAGGGGGAUGAUGUGAAACCAGGAACCAUCUGUCAAGUUGCAGGCUGGGGGAAGAUUCACAAUAACUCGCCUAACUCUGAUAUUCUGAGAGAAGUCAAUAUCACCGUCAUAAACAGAAAAAUCUGCAAUGAUCAAAAGCACUAUGAUUAUAAUCCUGUGAUUGGACUGAAUAUGAUUUGUGCCGGCAGCCCCAAGGGUGGAAAAGACUCAUGCAAUGGAGAUUCUGGAAGCCCUUUGAUAUGUGAUGGUACUUUUCGAGGCAUUACUUCCUUUGGCCUUCUAGGGAAGUGCGGAGACCCCCGAGGACCUGGCAUCUAUACUCUUCUCUCACAGAAGUAUCUCAACUGGAUAAAAAGGACUGUGAAGGGACAGUUUAGAUAGCUGUAUUUCAUUUCAUUUGCUGUCGCUUCUUAAUCUUAUCAGAAAUAAAAUCAAUGUGUGUAACUGCA